CAAUAAAUGAAACGCUUGCAGCGUAAAACGUAAUGAAUAUAAUGAAUAUAGCAAUGAGUAUUUCAUAAAGUAUCAGUAUAUUCCACACAUUGUGCUCAAUCGUCUUAAUUUACUUUUGUGUAUUUUUUAAAUGGCUGCAGAAAACCACUUCACGUUUUGACCCACCUGGUAGUAUGUUAAGUGCCUUGUUUUACACCAGCUUGAGAGUUUGGCAGUUCUCGCGAGUGACAGUGGUCGCAAAUUGCAUUUGCGACCCGGACAUGUUUGACGCUGUCAAAUCCUAUGUGCUAGUAUACGGAUGCCCUCAGGCUGGCACAAUCUAAUCAAGAACGGAGGCAUCAUCAAACGGAAACUACGCGAGAAACUUUUCGAAGAGAUAAAACUGCGCCGCAACACUCGUGUCAAAAUGGACGAGUUGGGCUGGGUGCUGAUGAACCACGAUUUGAUAACACGUAAUGAGCCAAUCCAACAGCAUGCCAAUGGUAAUCGACCAAAUCAUUUUAAAUUCAACAUGGAGCGGUUGCGAAACCUACUGGAGUAGCACGAACAGAACAAUCAUGCUGAGUUGACUUCCAAAAAGCGAAACAAAAAGCUGCGUAUGCUGGAUGCAAUUUUACAAAACGACAAAGUUUUGAAGGAAAUUGAAGAGAUGGUAGCGGCGAAUCGACUUCUAUCGGAAAUUCGUUAUGUGACUGCGGUGGAACGUAUGCUGAAACACAAUUUGGACCCCUCUUUACGCUGCUGCUUUGUAUGCCGAGAGUAUUUCAACACUGCCGAUGAACUAGUCAAAAGUUCAACGUUCUACAUCACUACAAUGCCAAUUAAUCCGGUGACAAUAUUCACGAUUUGCAACGUAUACCACACAGCCCUAAUCAAAAACAAGAAAAGACGGGUCUAAUAUUUUACAAUAUAGAACAAAUCUACCACUUUCCACGAAAAUCGGAGAACAACUAUAUCGGUUCGACAUGGAAUGGCUGAUACAUAUAAGGAAAAAAAGAAAAAAGGUUUAACUUUGGAAUUCAACAUCCUAUAUUUCCUCGUACCAUUAAGUUCAUGGCGCAUUUGAUGUCGGUCAUCGUAGCUGCUGCUAUGGAAAUGAAGUGAGCAUAUACCUUGAUUUUUAUCUCCAUCUCGGAGAAAAGUGUGGUAAACAAUGUCCGGGUUAUUUUUCGUUAUGAGAACCUUGUUUCCACAUCCUUUUACUGCACAAUAAUACGGCAUCUGAAGUAAAUAAAAUAUUCACAAUAUAAUUUUGGCAUGAUAGAGAACCGCGAGAUGAACGAUUAUCUGUGGAGGAGUUGGACAACAGAUUUCUUAGACUUAUAGCACUUUUAUCACACCCACAUGCUCAUCAAAUCCUCACGGUCCCUCAAAAAUAUUGAAUAAUAUAUACACCCUUAUUCUUGUUUUCGUACGAAUAGAAAACGUUCGAAAGUAUGCCUCAUUCGUAUCCUUGGUUUCGUACGAAAGAAAUCUAUCCAUUCGAACUUUCGAACAUCGUUCGUUCGAACGAAUUGUCCUAUCCUUGUUUUCGUACGAAAGUGUUUUUUCGCCUGUCAGUCAAACGUUAAUGUUGGGUUGCGAAUCAGACGAAGCGUAGAAGAAAAUUCAAUCGAUGUUUACGUUUUUGUGGUUUAUUCAGGUGAUGUGGUAUGUAAAAGUUCAUUUUCUUUUAUGUUUAAUUCUGAAAUUCUAUGUGAUGUGCUUUAAUGUUUAUUUGAAUUACAGUGAAAAAUUGCUGUAGAAGCAGAAAGAAAGACAUUUCCAAUAGAAUAUUUCAACUCUAAAACCUAGACGAAACAGAACCUGGAUAGAACAAUGUCGAAACCAUCGAAAUCCAAAAGCACAAACAAGGAUCAAUACAGCCGACUGGUUGAUCUCUUGGAAGAGCAGCCGGAUAUCGCGAAGGGUUUCGCGAAAUGCAAUGCUUCUCCCUACUGGAAUUCUGUGGCAGCCGAGUUGAACAGUCUUGGGCCACCAACUAAAGAUUCAACUGCGUGGAAAAAGGUCUGGUUCGAUUGGAAAUCGAACACGAAACGCAAGCUAGCCCACAACCGUCGCGAGCAAUUUGCUACAGGUGGGGGUCCUAGUAAGUUUAUUGAACUUACUGCGCUGGAGGAACGAGUUGUUGUUCUUGCAGGACUUGCUCCAGCAGUUGAGGGCAUAGCCGACACUUGCAGUUUCGGGCUAGAACCUAGCGCAAAUCAAUCAAUUCAUGACAGUGGGGAAUCUGCGUCGAUUGAAGAUAAUCGAAUUCCGGAGGAUAGAGCCAAUGAGAAUAAUGAGACGCAUACAUCGAAGAAGAGGAGGACAUCAAUGCACACAUUGCUGGAGACACAAGUGCAAAACCAAGCAACGUUUCAUGACUCGGUCACCAAUAUUCUAAAAUGCUUUGAAAAAAAAACUGCUGAUUUGGUUCAUUAUAACAGACAGAUUUCGAAACAGUUAGAGAACAUAAACGAAACUAUCAACAAUGUGCUGAUGGAAAAUCAGAGGCACAAUCUGGAAUUAGAGAGAAUUAAUCUGGAAAAACUGAAAAUUAAAAAAAGGAUUCUUGAGAUGGAAUUAAGCCGUCUACAAUAGACAUUUCGAUUUUAAAACAAAUGUGAAUGUAAUGUAAUGUGAAUGCUAAGCUAUGUUGUAAUUUAAUGACAUGAAUUUUAAAAGUAUAUAUUGUAAUGUGAAUAUAUUACAUUUUCGAAUGUAAUAGUUAAAAACUACUCGAAAAAUUAGAAGUGCGAUAUCGAAAAUUUAAAUAAGGUUGUACCUUCGUGAGAAAUUAUCACAUGCAAAUAAAAAAUACAUAAUUUCAAAACUACAUUUAUGUAAGGUCUACUUAUUGCUUUGAUAAAUAUAAAAUUCGAACACCAAUCUUUCAGAGUACCAAAAAUCGAUUCUUUGUAGUGUCUUAUAAAAUAUACAAGUACUAGUGUUUGUUAUAAUUUUUAAUAAGAUGCUGAAGAUUUCAUUUUGAUUCGUGUCGCCGUUAUGGUUUUCUGAUUGUUCAAAGCUUUGAUAGCAUUAGUGACGAACCUGAUCGAGUUAAAACUACACAGUUCGAUUGACAAACUAAGAAUCAUUUUUAUUUCCUGUCUGAGCUAUAAAGAUACAGUUCACUUUUCAAUGCUACUUAUAUUAAACAAAGUGGCCUAUUGUCCUAGAUCGGUCAAGUCAAUGAACAACAACACACGUUAAAUAAGUAAUGCUAACAUCAACAUGUGAGAUAUCACGUCACUGACUAGGUGGUAGUUGGUGACUCGGUGCAUGUUUGUGGUCCAACUUGUUAAUGUUUUCAACAUGUGAUACGUUAUGGCGCUGGUACAAGAAUGUAGGUGGUCAGGAUCGUUGCUACUGUUGUUUAAGUUCUACCUGAGUAUUCGUAUAGAAAAUGAAAACAGAAAAACAUUGUAUUUGGAUCAAAUAUUGUUUUUGGUGGGUGCCGCGUUUGCUGACAAAAACAGCGGCGAGUUGAUGAUUCAAUAGUCGGUUUGGCAUUGUUGAAGCGAAAUUGAGUUGACUUCGUUCUACGUUUUGUGACAAUGGAUGAAACGUGGAUCCAAUCCCACACUCCUGAGUCCAAUAGGCAGUCUGCAGAGUGGUUGAGAAAUUUAUUUAUAUAUCCCAUACUAUAAUGCCGGGUGUUCGGGUUCGAUUCCCGUUCUGGCCGGGGGAUUUUUCGUCAAAGAAAAUUCUUCCGGUUUGCUGUGGUCACGCGUAUUCUAGAGCUUGCCACUCCAGAGUACAUUCAAGGCGUGUUAUUCGGCAUAGAAAUCUCAACCAAGUAUUAAUGAAUGACCCUAGUUAAUGCAUACGUUGAGACGGCAAAAGUUCCACAGCGAACGUUAACGCCAUUCAAGAAUAUCAUAAAACCGAUGUUUGUUUUAUCGAAUUACGAUUUAGUCAUAUCAUGAUAAAUAAAAUCGGGUUUUCCCAUUUUAUACAAUUUUAGAUAUAUACGAUGUAUAAUUUAAUCCACGUUACAAACGAGUGUGAUUUAAUCCAACUUUAUAUACAACUUAGAAUAUGCAAGUUAUACGAUUUGAAUCAGUUCUCAAGACAAAUAAUGGAUACUGUUAUGCUGCAAUGAUGGAAAACUAUAGAAUUUACCUCAACUUGAAUAAAUCAUGCGUUUUUCGAUGUAAUAUUUCACGAUAAUAAAUAUAAUUGAAUGUGUUUUAAACUAUACUAUGUAAAUUAAUGUUUUCGUCAGUGAAGGAAAUAUUUAUUUGUAAAUAUUUAACAUAUAUAUGAAGGGUAUAUAAAAUCUAGAAUAUAGGAAUUCGACACUUUAAAACAUCUAUUCAGUUGACUGAACCUCAUCAUUGUCGUUCUUAAAAUAUAAACAUAUAUUGUGCAGGGCACAGCAAAC